GAAACUCCAUUACCGUUGAGUCAUUGCAAUGCCACUCCCCCAGGUCAUAAGCUUUCUAACGUAUGCUCAACUGCAUACGCGCCUAGCCUAUAGCGCAGAAGCUUUACGUCGAGGUUCCGGGGGAAGCUAUAACAGUUAUCACAUAAGCUAUACGCUCGCGCGAUAGCACUAUUGCGGCUGGUGUUGAUCACUGAUGUCCGACCCAUAGGCCUCGCUGGGUCCGACGCCAGGCCCUUCCUGGCCGGCUACGUCGCGCAGGGUCGGAAGGCUGUCCGCCGAGCCGGGUCCAAGUGGUACAUGCCACUCGCCAUGUACGAGCCGGACUGGCUGCCGUCGUACAUUCACGGCAGCGGCUACGUCGUGUCGCGCGACGCUGUGCGGCCCCUCUUCACCGAGGCACUGACGACGCCCUUCCUCUACGUGGAGGACAUCUUCCUCACGGGCAUCGUGGCCCAGAAGGUGGGCAUCGAGUUGACACACUCGCGUUGCUUCAUCCCCUACUCGGUGUGGCAUCCUUGCGACUACCGGAACUUCAUCUCGACCCACGAGUGGGACCUCCAGCAGCUGCAGGUCGCCUGGCAGAGCGUUCACCAUGCCGAACACCUCUGCCCGCCAGCUGACGAGAGCUUGCUUGCAUGCUCUUAUGCGCGCGUUCUGAAGAAAAACACGUUUCUUGAGCCUUUGUUACCGCAACGCGACCAGACGCGCAUCGUGGUGGGACCCGGCCGGUUUCCUGCGCUUCCGAACCUCCGCUGUCCAGAAUUCCUGGCAAUCGUCGUCUGCAGCGCCGUCGACCACUUCGAGCAGCGCGCAGUUGUGCGUGACACGUGGGCGCGCGACGCCGCGUCCGGGAGGUCCAGCGUAUUCUUCCUGAUCGGCUUCGCCGACAACACGCCGAGCGGAGUGAUCCUGCAAGAGCGUGUUGCCGACGAGAGUGCCCGCUACGGUGACAUCAUACAGGCAGACUUUCGCGACACGUACCGCAACCUGACGCUCAAGUCUGUUUUCCUGCUCAAGUGGGCCUUCAUGUACUGCUCGCGCGCCCAAUUCCUGUUGAAGACGGACGACGACGUCUUCGUCAACGUUCCCAACAUGGUGCACUUGCUAACGGCACUGCAAAGCGCAAGACGCCAAACAGGAUGCAUAGCUCGCUUCCCCCCUGCUUUCUUCGCGACUAACCGGGUCACGUGGUCACGCAGGCCCUUCGUGAUCAGUAACAUGCGGCGCAAUAGCACUGCCGAGCGCGCCUUGGGGCACAAAAACUACCUGCCGCAAUCGGUGUUCGCCACGGACGACCUUCCUCUGUACGGUUCCGGCACCGCCUACGUAAUGUCGUACGACGCCGUGCGACCCCUGUUCACAGAGGCGCUGUUGACGCCGUUUCUCUACGUCGAAGACAUCUUCAUCACUGGCCUCGUGGCUCAGAAGGUGGGCAUCGAUAAGGUCCACUCUGAGUGCUUCGUCUGCUGCCGCGUGGUCCACCAUGCGUGCGAAUACAGGACGCUGGUCACAGCGCACUUGUCGAAACCAGAGCGCAUGAGGGAUGUGUGGAGUUUUGUGCGCAAUUCCAGCGCCGUGUGCCCGAGCCCCAGUGAACGGACUCCGUGCUGGCCAUAUGAGCCGCCCGCACACACGUUGACGCGGCAGCGGCGAUAG